GGGGCCGGCUGUGGGACGCAGCAGAGUCACCAGGGUGAUGUGUAGUUCAGGGCGCACGGAUGGGGUCUUCUUACCCGGCGCAGACCUCCGCGGUUUGUUGAAACAGUUUCAAAACUUGAUGGUCAUAGAUAAAUAACCACGACCUUGACAUUGGCCGGUGCAAGUUUUGCUUGGGGGUGUGCGCAGGAGGGCUGCCGUCUUGAAUGGUUUUUUUUCAGAGAGGCCGGGACAGCUGCACCUCUCCGGUUAGUUGGGGAAGUGUAGAAAGCCGGAGUUAAACAAAGAAAAAGCUGAAGCACAACCAAGCGAUGGAUUCAUGUGGCAGCAGAUGGUGCUGGAUUUGCUGGUGUGCUGGGAGAUUGCUGCAGCUUUUCCCCUUUAGAUAAUAGGUGUUCUGAGAGGGGAAUCAGGGCAUCACAGAACCUUAGGGGCUGGAAGGGACCUUGAAAGCUCAUCCAGUCCAACCCCCCUGCCAGAGCAGGAUCACCUAGACCAGAUCACACAGGAAUGCAUCCAGGCUGGCAGCCUCGGUGGUUUCUCCUCUGUGGUGGCAUCCUGUCCUAUUAUGACUCUCAGGAAGAUGCCUGGAAAGGUUGUAAGGGAAGCAUCCAAAUGGCUGUGUGUGAAAUUCAAGUGUUGCUUCCAGUUCAUCCUGCAGAUAACACACGAAUGGAUCUAAUCAUCCCUGGGGAACAAUACUUCUAUUUGAAGGCAAGAAAUGCAGUUGAAAGGCAAAAGUGGCUGGUUGCACUGGGAACUGCCAAAGCCUGUCUGACUGACAGCAGGACACAGAAGGAAAAAGAGUUCACUGAAAACACAGAAGCCUUGAAGACUAAAAUGUCUGAACUUAGAUUGUACUGUAACCUCCUUGUUCAGCAAGUGCAUAAAACAAAGGAAGCCAGAAUUUCUGGUGGAUCAGAACCUGAGAGCGAAAUUGAUAUGGGAGCUCUGUUAAAAUCAACCUGUGACACCUUCCUGAAGACUCUUGAAGAAUGUAUGCAGAUUGCAAAUACUGCCUUCUCUUCUGAGUUAUUGCAUCAGACCCCUCCUGGAUCCCCACAUUUAGCAGUUCUCAGAACAAACAAGACAAAGCACUCUGUCUUAUCCAGUCAUGCCUCAACAGAAAGGCAGAUGGAGUUGAAUCCCUGUGAAAAUGGCUCUGUAAAAGCAGAAAUUAACCAUCAAGAGCAAACUCUUGCUAAAAAUCUGAGAUGUCUAAACCUGGAAACCAGUGAGGGGAGUGGUGAUGUUUGUGUGGAGGAUCAAAUAGCAGAGGAUUUGGCAGGCAUUGAGGAAGAUGGAGAGAACAAGCUGCAAGCUGUGGAAAGCUGUGGUGCCCUCAAGUUGCUGCAGUCAGAGACAAAUUCUUUAAGUGGAUUGACUCUGUGUGAGGAAGAUGGAAAUGCAAAUGAUUGUCCUACCUUCUUCAGCGUCAUGAGCAAUAGAUUCAGUGAUAUUGAACUUCGGGACGAGGAGGGCAUACCAACAGAAGAGUUUCUGGAGUCAUGUUAUGCAAUUGUGCCAGUUCUGGACAAGCUGGGACCAACUGUUUUUGCUCCAGUGAAAAUGGAUUUUGUAGGGAACAUCAAGAAAAUAAACCAGAAGUUUAUAACCAACAAAGAAGAGUUUGAUACCCUUCAGAAGAUAGUGCUCCAUGAAGUGAAUGCAGGUGUAGCACAAGUUAGAAACUCUGCUACAGAGGCUCUCCUGUGGCUGAAAAGAGGCUUAAAGUUCUUGAAAGGGUUUUUGACAGAAGUGAAGAAUGGAGAAAAGAACAUCCAAACAGCUCUAAACAAUGCUUAUGGGAAGACUUUACGGCAGCACCAUGGCUGGGUUGUCCGCGGGGUCUUUGCAUUAGCUUUAAGGGCAGCUCCAACAUAUGAAGACUUUGUGGCAGCUUUGUCUGUAGAAGAGUGUGAUCCUCAGGAAGAAACAUUCUACAAAGGAAUGCAGAGGGACCUCAACAUUUACUUACCAGCCAUGGAAAAGCAGCUAAAUAUCUUGGACACUCUGUAUGAAGUACAUGGUUUGGAAUCAGAUGAAGUGGUAUGACUACAGCAAGAUUGUGUCUUAAAAAUUCAGGGACUGUGUCUGUUAACAAAGUUUGUUUGGUUUUUGGGGGUUUUUUAGUGUUUUUCUGACAUUGUUUCUGUUCAUUGUAUCUUUUUAGGUGGGAAGGGUGUUGAGUGUUUGUAGGGAAGGGUGUGUAUGAUUUUUGUGAGGGUGUUUUGCUGUACUUAUUUUGUGUUUAAAUGCAGAGGUACUGUUUCUCUUUGGGUCAUUACUGUGUUCAUGCUGGAUGGUUUUGACCAUUUCUCUUCUACCUGUGCACAUCCUUCUUUUUCUCUUCACCUCCUCAAAGUAACAGAGCAAAAUUUGGCCUUUGCUCCUGUACCUUAGGAGAGAGCUGCAUUUGCAGUGGAGCCAUUGGAAUGUCAAGAUGGUGCCCAGCCAGA